UUUCCGGUGUUGUGUAUGUUCCUGGAAACAUGGCGGCCAGCUUCCGCGGCCGUCCGAUCCGGAGUCUUCGGAUGCGAGGUCGGAAUGACAGCGGGGAAGAGAACGUACCGCUGGAUUUGACCAGAGAACCAACAGAAAACUUCCGUGAAAUCCUACAAAAUGUGGCCAAACCGCACGGAGUCAGUAACAUGCGAAAACUUGGCCACCUGAACAACUUCAUAAAGCUGCUAUGCAGUAUUGGCCAUCGUGAGGAAAAUUUUGGGUUUACAUAUGAAGAAAUCAUCAUUUGUCUGCGACUGGCUCUCUUGAAUGAGGCUAAAGAAGUGCGUGCUGCAGGUUUACGGGCACUGCGGUAUCUCAUCAGGGACACAAUCAUCCUACAGAAGGUCUUCAGACUUCAGGUGGACUACUUGAUAGCCAGAUGCAUUGACAUCCAGCAGAGCAAUGAGGGGGAACGUACUCAGGCUCUCAGACUAGUCAGAAAGAUCAUCACUGUCAAUGCGAUGCUUUUCCCCACCUCCAUUGCUAACUCUCUCAUUGCUGUGGGGACAGACGGACUUCAGGAGAGAGACCGCAUGGUCCGAGCAGCUAUCGCCAUCAUCUGUGAGCUUGCGCUGAAGAACCCAGAGGUGGUUGCAAAAAGAGGAGGCCUCAGCACCAUCCUGAAGAGUGUGAUUGACUGUCAGCUGAGUCGCAUCAACGAAGCUCUGAUCACAACCAUCCUUCAUCUACUCAACCACCCACGUACCCGCCAGUAUGUGCGUGUUGACGUCGAAUUAGAGCAAAUUCUCGCACCUUUCACAGAUUUUCACUACCGUCACAACGCAGAUACGGCUGAAGGGCAACUUAAGGAAGAUCGUGAGUCUCGUUUUUUGUCAAGUAGAAUGGCUAUAGUAGCAGCCUUCCGCUCUUGGUCUGGGAUCAUCAACUUAUGCAAGGAUGGAAAUUCUGGAAUCCAGUCUUUAAUUGGCUUACUUUGCAUACCAAAUAUGGAGGUUAGGAAAGGUUUGUUGGAGGUGUUAUACGAGGUGUUUAGGCUACCGUUACCCAUUGCAACUCAAGAUUUCACAGAAGCUCUUUUAAGUGUUGACCCCAGCAGGUUUCAGGACACCUGGAGACUGUCUGACGGCUUUGUUGCUGCUGAGGCCAAAGUCAUCCUCCCCCAUCGGGCCCGGUCUAGGCCUGAUCUUAUGGACAAUUACUUGGCAUUUGUCCUGUCUGCCUUCAUCACCAGUGGGUUGUUAGAGGGUCUUGUUGAAGUUGUGACCAGUAGUGACGAUCAGCUGGCUGUCAGAGCAACCAUCCUCCUGGGAGAACUUCUGCACAUGGCAAACACCAUCCUUCCUCAUUCUCAUAGUCACCACCUGCACUGUCUCCCCACCCUCAUCAACAUGGCAGCAUCCUUUGACAUCCCACAGGAGAAACGACUUCGGGCAAGUGCAGCAGUUAAUAAUUUGAAGCGUUUUCAUGAGAAGAAGAAGAAAGGCUUGAAACCAUAUAGUCUUUACCUGGACCACAUCAUCCGCAAGUCUGUGUCUUCACAUAAUCGCAGAGAGUCCCACUCACGUGCACCAAGAGACAUCUAUGUCAUCAAGGACACAGAGGAAGCACUGAUGAUGAACCUGAGAGACAGUCAAAUACUAAACCAUAAGCAAAACCUGGAGUGGAACUGGCUGCUCAUUGCUACCAUUCUAAAGUGGCCAAACAUAAACCUCAGGAACAACAAAGAUGAACAGUUGCACAAGUUUGUACGUAGGCUGCUGUAUUUUUAUAAGCCCAGCAGUAAGCUGUAUGCAGGGCUGGCGUUGGAUCAUCUUAAGGCCAGACAACUCACUGUGGUUGGCUGUCAGUUCAUUGAGUUCCUCAUGGACUCUGAUGAGGAUGGCCAAGGUUACCUGGAGGAUCUGGUGAAGGACAUGGUAUCUUGGUUGUCCUCCUCUUCAGGGAUGAAGCCGGAGCGUUGUCUGCAGAGUAACGGUCUACUCACCACACUCAGCCAACACUACUUUCUCUUCCUGGGAACGCUGUCUGCACACCCACAGGGUGUCAAACUGCUGGAGAAAUGUGGCCUGUUUCAGUGCCUGCUGAAUCUUUGCUCUGUGAAGAACCAAGAUGCUGUGCUGAAACUGGCUGUAUCCACACUGGAUUACAGCAGAGAUGGUCUGGCCAGAGUGAUCCUCUCCAAGAUCCUCACUGCUGCUACUGAUACAUGCAGGCUGUAUGCCACCAAGCACCUCCGUGUGCUGCUGCGUGCAGGUGUGGAGUUCUUCAGUAGCUGGGGCAUGGAGCUGCUGGUCACACAGCUUCAUGACCAUAGCAAGGCCGUUUCCAUGGAGGCUCUGGACAUACUCGAUGAAGCCUGCGAGGACAAGGCAAAUCUCCAUGCUCUAAUCCAGCUCAAACCAGCUCUGUCCCACCUGGGUGACAAAGGCCUCCUGCUGCUCCUCAGGUUCCUGUCCAUUCCUAAAGGUUUCUCCUACCUCAAUGAGAGGGGUUAUGUCAGCAAGCAGCUAGAUAAAUGGCAGAAGGAAUACAAUCUGAAGUAUGUUGACUUGAUAGAGGAGCAGCUGAAUGAAGCACUAACUACCUACCGCAAACCUGUUGAUGGAGACAACUACGUCAGACGUAGCAACCAAAGGUUACAAAGACCAAAUGUCUAUCUCCCUGUACACUUGUACGGUCAGCUGGUCCAUGAUAAGAUGGGCUGUCAUCUUCUGGAGAUUCAGAGCGUAGUACCUGACCUCAGCUAUACGGUUCGCUCCCCGAUGCUGGACACUUGGGAGGGCGUUAAACAGCUGAAGGCUGCAGUGUGGGCUCUUGGCAACAUUGGCUCUUCAAACUGGGGUCUGAAUCUCCUACAGGAGGAGAAUGUCAUUCCUGACAUUCUCACUUUGGCUCAGCACUGUGAUGUGCUGUCUGUAAGAGGUACGUGUAUUUACGUGCUGGGUGUGAUCUCCAAGACGAAGCAGGGUUGCGAGGUACUGAAACAAUACGGUUGGGAUGCAGUCAGGCACAGUCGCAGGACGCUGUGGCCUGUCACUCCAGAGGAGGUCGACACACAGCUGACUUCUGAACUUUCCUCAGUACCGAGCACACUCAGUCUAAACUCAGAGUCCACUAGCUCCCGUCACAACAGUGAGAGUGAGUCUCAACCAAACAUGUACAUCCUGGAUGAUGACAAGUGUGAGGUUCUGGACAACUCCGAUGAGUCUUCUUUCUAUCUACACUCCAAACCAAUCAAGGACCGCAGCCCCUUCACAAUCCUUGCCUCCACACGCUUUGUACGUGCCCGCUUUCUCAACUCGUUAUCCCUUCCUAGCAAGAAGUUGCGCUCCACCAGUGACCUUAAGACCCCUUCAGGCUCAUACACCCCCACUGAACUCAAGACAGGGAGCAUGAGGCGGAAUAGGACAGUAACAGAGCCCUCUAUUUAUUGCCAAAACCAGGGGGAGGUCUUCACUCCUGUAUUUAACUGCAGAGGAAUACCCAAGAGCCCCACAGUCAGCUUAGAGACAUCUUUUAUUGGGACCAGAGGAGGCUCGGAGGAACAGCUUGUGGAUGUGAAGCUGACUCGGAGUGGAGGAUCAGGUCUCGCCCUGACUGGUGGCUCUGGGGGUCUUGGACUAAGUGGUCUAGGAGGACAAGUGACUGCUGAGCACCCCAGCCGGGAGAAGGAGCAAAGCAGCAGAGAACGUCUUGCAGGAGGGGAUGGGGGUUCCUCGUCUAGUGGGGGGAAUUUAGGAGGAGGAGGAGGUGGUGGUGGUGGUGGAGGGACUCAGUUUAAAAGCCGCAGUCAGAGCUUUAAUACAGACACCACAACCAGCGGCAUCAGCUCCAUGAGCUCGAGCCCGUCCAGGGAGACUGUUGGAAACACAGAGCCUGAACCAGACUCUUCUGACUGUGUGAGCCUCAAUACAGUGGUGUCCGCCAAGACUGUCAAAACGCUCUCUUCCCUCACACCCCAGGCUCAGACCAACCACAUGCCCACAUCCAAGUCCUCUGUCUCUCUGGUACCGCCAGGCUCCUCACACACUCUGCCUCGCCGAGCUCAGUCUCUGAAGUCCCCCUCAGUUACCACCAUAAAGAGCCUGGCUGACUGUAGCUUUAUAUACACAAGCCCGCGAGACGCCCUGGGUUACGCAACCCUGAAAAGGCUGCAGCAGCAGAGGAUACAUCCGUCGUUGUCUCAUAGUGAAGCACUGGCUUCGCCAGCUAAAGAUGUGCUAUUCACCGAUACAAUCACGAUGAAGACUGGCAGCCUGGAUUCCAGACUGACACCUCGCAGAUUUCUCAAAGCACUGAGCUUUGCCUCUCUGGAUAAAGAGGAAUUACUCAGUCCCAUCAACCAAAGCACGUUGCAUCGCUGCUCUUCAGUCCGCUCUAUGGUCUCAAAUGCCACCUAUGGGUGUAAUGAUGAGUACAUUGGCCUGGCACUGCCCAUGGACAUCAGGGAGAUGUUCCACAUCAGAGAUACAGCCUACUUUCAGCAGAGGAUCAGCCCACCAUCAGAAGAAAGGAAACGCUUCCUGUUUGGUGAUGGAGAUGGCGAUCGCCCCACUGUCCCUGCACUGAGACAGCAGCUCAGUAUCUCUGAGCUCAUUGCCACCCGAGCAGAGGGGCAGAGCCACAGCAUGGGUUCAGAGGGGAGUGGCCUGCAGGAUCACACUGAAGACAACUGCCUCUACUGUGUAGGUUCCAUCGUGCUGGGAUAUCCCACUCAGCCACAGAUUAGCAGUACACAGCCUCAGCCAGACUAUGUUCCUUUCCCUUCAUGGGGAGGUCAGAGUGGCCAUCGUCUGGAGGUGAUGCCUCAGUCCAAGUACUCCGGGGUUUCAGGCUGCAGCGACGCUGCCGUGUCACAGGGCUCAGUCUCUAGCACUCCCACUCCCACUGACAUCGUCAUUGGUGGAAAGGCAAUAUCAGAGGAUGGCCCAGCCUCCCGGGUGUUGCUGAGGAAGGAGGUGCUCCGCCUGAUCAUCAACCUCAGCUCCUCUGUAGGAACUAAAGGCCACGAAACAGGACUGCUAACAAUAAAGGAAAAAUUUCCUUAUGCAUUUGAUGACAUCUGCCUGUACUCUGAGGUUUCCCACCUCCUAGCCCACUGUAUGUUUCGUCUGACAUCAAGACGAUUCAUCCAGGAACUCUUCCAGGAUGUGCAAUUCAUGCCAAUGUUUGAGGAAGCGGAAGCAAUGCUGACAAAGUUACCAAAACCUGCUGAAGAGGAUGUGAACCCUCCUGCAGAAUCCUGAUCCUCCUGGAUUCCCAGCACUGCCCCUCUCCUGCCACCCUGCAUACACAGAAAGAAUGCAGGACCAAAAGCUGUCUGUAGGGUCGGGGAGAUGUUUGCCAUGUUUAUGGUGCUCAAAGCUGAGCACCGUGGCCAAGGAUAAGGACGUGGACGCCGCUUAUCAUUCAUUUAACAAAUUGGAGCUGCAAUAAAAAGACGUCACGGUGUCUGUAAAAGAAAGUUUAAGCCAACACGCCUGCUGGGUGUAUCAAACGUUAUUGUGUGACAGGAAUAAGAUUAAGUGGUUUCAAAUUAAGAAAACAAAGAAAACUCUUUUUGGAUGGUUCGGCAGUCUAAGAGACAUGCUGUAAAACAUCAUGGUCAAGGACAAGUUGGAUCAUUAAGACAAAGACUGUUUUAAGAAAUUCCAAAAUCUUAUUUCUUUCCAGUGGUGGCGUUUUCUGUAUUGAAUUAAGGCAUGUAGUCGUGUCAGCCCGGUGAUUCCUCAGACCCUGCAUCAUCACCCCCCCCCCCCCCCCCCCCCCCUUGUGAAACACUACACUACAGAGGGUCCUGCAGUUUUUUGUUUUUUUUUUAAACUACCUGGGUCUUCUCUGGUUCACACCCCGACCUGUGACCAGGCAUGUUGCUUUGCUUUUCUUGCCUCAACACAUCCUACAACCUGUUGCCUCUUGACAGUUCAGACAGCCAAUUACUUUUCUAUUCCUCUCAGACAAUCAGACAUCACUAGUGUUGUAUUUUCUUAAGCACUAUACAUAUAUUCCACCCCAGUACAGGACCUGAGGAGAACAGCAUGUAAUUUUAUGCCAUCCUUGACUUGCAUCAGACCUUCAGUACUUUUCUUCAGCCAUUACAUUACUAGUAUGCUAGCAGUUUCAGGAGUUCUCAGGCGGUGAGUUGAUCUUUGCAUUAGUGCUCUUUUGUACAUUUUAUUGGGUCUCUUGUGUAGAAUGACUCACGUGGUACCAAACACCAUUCUGAAAUGCAUGUUGCAUAAACUCAGCCGCAAGCCCACUCUGCCUUCUUUUCCUGUGCUCCACUUCCACUGCAUGUGCAAAACGCAUGGCAAACUUGUAAUGUCACCUUAAUGUGUUUCCGGCUUAUAAGACUGAAAAAAAAAAAAAAAUAGGUUGCCAUUUCAUGUUGCCAUUACGUCGUAGGAAUCUAAUUCUCCCUGAGUUUGUUUUCACAAUGCAAUAUCACUGUUGAAGGCUGAGAUGGGGGGUGUGAUAACUCUAAAGGAUUUGUAAGACGUUUCCAGGGAAAUGGGGAUAUCCAUUUCCAUCGGGUUGUUUUUGCUAUAAUGCUGCUACACAAAUGGACACAUAGAGAUGAUUCAUAGAUCAGCUGAGUGAUGUCAGAUCUGAUCUAUUUAUUAUAUGUCUGUACCAUAGAGUGAGCUCAACCAGAGAAGAAAAGUUAUUUAUAUUUUUCCUCAAGACUGUAUUAUAAUUUAAUUCUCUCUCUCUCUCUCUCUUUCCACCUGAAUAUUGUGGUUUUCCCUUGUAUAAUGUGUACAGUAUGUUUUGGGCCAUCAGCGACCUAAAAGAAGACAUACAAUCCUAUCAAAAGGAUGCAUUGUUAAUAAAACUAAAUUUAAAAUA